UGAUCAAUCUUGUCAGGAAAUUAGACAUCUUUCAUCAACUUUGCCUAAUCUAGUUCCUAAAGUAUAUUAUGCUCAGUUUGGUGCUCAGCAGUAUUUAACUAACACAGUCAUUAAUACUGUUUUUUCUACAUCAAACUCAUCAAUCCUUCCUAUAUAUGCUGCACGGUUUGCUUUGAAUCAAACAUUUUUAGAUUUAAGCCUCGUCAACAAUACCAUCAUGUUGUGUAAAGAUCGUCCUUCAAAGAUGACUACCGCUUGGCAAGUUGGUGUUCAUUAUGAAAUACAGUGUUCUCUUGACCCCAUUGCUCUUAUGACUGAUGGCUCUAGCCCUAUAUUCUAUGAUAUAUAUAUCAAAGAUGGUAAUAUGUUGGUGCCCAUUCCAGUCUUAAUUAGUGGUCAUCGUGACAAUAAUGGUGUACUUGUUAAUGAAGGUGAUGAUAGCUCUCAGUGGCAGUUUGUGAGACGUUUCUAUACCCACCAGUCAGUCACUGGCACUCCAUCAUAUCUUGAAUACACUGAAAUCAAUAUACAGUUAACCAGUCGUGGUCACAUUCAGUCUCCUUAUCUUAGACUGUCCUAUCAGGCUAUACCUACCAAUGAUGCACAAGCUUCAUUUGUUGUUAGAUACAGUGGAGGAAAUGAUGCUUUUAACAUUGCUUUAUUAGUAAUAGCUAGUGUGUUUGUUAUUCUAGGUGCAGUCUAUGCUGGCUAGUUCAUAAUUGUAUUAAUAAAUAAUAUUUAAAAAUUUUAUUUUUUUAGACUUUUAUUUAUCUGGUUGUAAUCCUUUGUUCUGUGUUGUCCUUUUCAUUUUUGUGCCUGGUCUCCAUUUCCUCUAUAUUUUGGUUGUUAUUCUACAAGCUACAAGUGACCCUUAUAUGGAAACAGACCUCUGUUAGGAUAUUCCUCAUCGACUGGGAGAAACCAAAAGGGGCGGGACAGUCAAAGGACACACCCACAACCACGCCCACUGCAUCAACUGUGAGCAUCUGGAGGACAUAUUUUGUGGCAAAUGAAUGGAACAAAAUUCAAACUCAUCACAAAUUGAAUUCUUUUCUGUUUAUAUGUUGUCGCUGCUGAGAAUUCAUGUGACCACACCCACUGAGUGAUACACUGCUCCUCAGCUCAGUCUUAAGGAUUGGACUGGCUGUCAUUGUCUACUUGUUGAUUGUUUGGAUCUCCUAGCCAUUUUUGAUAAAGUGCCCAUACUGUGCUGUGGGUCUUUGGCCAAAUUUCACCGAAAAUGUAAAGGAGAGAAUCCUCUAUUUUUAUAAUUUUUCGAGAUACAUAUACACAUCAUUAUGUAAAAAUUAUAACUGUAGCAAAUCUGAUUAUGUCUCUUGCAAUGUUGAUGUUACGGAGGAAUUUGAAAUGAUCAUAUUAUCUUUAAACUUGUCA